CAGCAGCGCGCGCAAAUGUGGAGUCUUUGAUGACAUGUUUUUGUAAGUAACUUGUACGUAUUUAAAACGAGAACCGUGUUGCAUGACCGACUGUUCAUUUUUAUAAAAGCGAAAAAGUGAUGAAGCGCACACCCGUCGCUUUACGGCGUCCCAGUAGUGUGCGCGAAAAUGUGUUGUCCAAUCACAUGACGGCGUGGUUGACUGCGUUUUAGUCAGGGAUGUGAUUGUGAUGGCGAGUCGAGUCUGUUUACGUGAUGUUGUGCAGUGAAGAGCGGCCUAAAACCUCAGCGGAGUGAAAGCGUUGAAAGGGUUUUUUGGGGACAUCAAGAAAGCUCAGCUGCCAGUAUCAGACACUGACUUGGCUGCCAUGAACCUGAUGCACCUCUGGAUUUUCAUACUGUCCUUGUAUUUUGUUUUGCCUACAAGUGGCAAUGUUUUACGGGUUCAUAAGCGUGACUGGAUUGACAGCUCACCUGCAGCUGUUGCUGAGGGAGACGUGGAAUGCUUCUCUGAAUACAUGGAACUAUGGAUCCACAGAAUGAGAAUAGAGGGGUUAAGGCUAUGGCUUUCAGCAAUUUUAAGGAUUCAAGUCACUCUUAUGUCCCUGGAGAGCCUAAACCAUCAGCUGUCUGCUUGUGGGUUUGGCCUCCAUAAAGAUCCUGACAGGAACUACAUCUUCAGAGUCAUGUACAGCGGAUGCUUUGUACAGUUAGAGCAUGGCCAUUAUGUGAUUGUGCUGAAUUUGAUGAAGAGAAUAAGCCGUUUUGGUGGCAGGACACAGAAUUAUGUAAUGAAAUGUCCUGAAGUGGCAGCACCACCCAACAGAGAACAUAUUCAGUGUGACCCUGAUUUCAUACAGGUUACCAGACAGAUCCCACUGGACAGCUGGAACAAUGAGCUCGCUUGGUCUCUCACUUUGAGAGGAAGUCUGGUGGUGGCGCUGGAAGAUGCUAGUCUCAUUCAAGUAAACGUUGACAUUCAGAAGCGAUAUAUUACUGUUCAAGGCAGGAGGAACGCAGUUCUCAGCCCUGUACAGGUAUUACAGGCUGAGGGGCAGUUUCUGCCUCUGAAGCUGGUCAGUGGACAUUAUGCCUAUAGCAUGGAGGCUACUUGCCCAAAUGUGAUUCAGUACUCGUCUGAGGACACAGUAGUACACAUAUACAAACGCCGCAUGGGGCUGACCAAGAGAGGAGGCUAUGACAAUGAGACCCUAACGGUCAGCAGUGUGUCUGUCAACCAGACGGAUAUGUUCACCUGGUCUGAGACCCACAGCUUUGUGCAGCUUAUCGUACCCACCGCCCUUAUUCAAAAAACAAAGAAUUGCACUGAUAAAGAGGAUGCAAAUCUCCAACAGCCUUUUUUCAGAAUAGACAUUGUGCUCACUUUUAAGGAGACAAAUAACAAAAUGCUCUGGACUAUGGAGAACACAUCACCAUGCUCAGGCUCUGACAUUCCUUCAGUGGAGACAAAAUCUCAUUCUUCAGGAACACUUAACCCUCCUAAGACAGAAAACACUGCUUCAAACCCCACAUUUCCUUACUCAGAAGCCACAAUUGGACCACUGCUCUCCACUGAGGCUUCCAGCAUGGAUCUCCAGACAUCAUCUCAGACAAGAGAAUCAAGAUUUAGCAGCACAUUAAAAUCUAGCCAGGCUUUUCCAGCUACUAAGAUCCCCAGAGUGUCAUCAGUGUCUCCACAUAGCUCCAGUUCACCAGAAACGGACACAACUCAAGUGCAAAACAGUACCAACUCCCUGUUAGCACACACAGGUAAGCUAAUGAAGCAGAUAACCACCAGCACUCCGUAUCAAAACACGGACAUUCUUGAGAGUUUUGUUCCAACAGUGUCCACAUAUGCUACCAGUGAAGCAAACACGGAUGCAACACUAACACUAAGCUUAGCCACUUCUUCACUGAAUGUUCCCUCUGAGCGAUUCGUGGACUUGGCUCAUGCUAGAGAAGCCACAUCAGAUGGACCAUCUAACUCCACCGCAGGCAACAGAACUAGUACAAGCACGCAGGAGUAUUAACAGAGCUGCACUGUUCACUGUAUCUCUUUCUCCCACCGGAAAAUUCAACACUAUGUUCAAGUGGAGUCUUCUGACAUCAUCAUUGUCUUUAGAGAGCACUAGGAAACCACCACUGGAGUCGAAGAGGAUUACCAUGAUGAAGACAGCUUCAGACAUCACUUUAAACCCUCAACUUGGGUCCCUAAAGCCCCUCCAGCUCCAUCAAGUCACUCUCCACCAUCCCUAUAUUCUUCUUAACAUGAUAUUGUGGACCACUUAGUAGAAAAAUAGCACCGAUUCACAACAGAAGAGGAAUUCACAAACCUGUGAUGAUUUGUACAACAGCAAGCACAUACACUGCUAUUCAAAUGUUUGCCUUUUCAUUAUUAAUAAUACUAUUUUUUUAAUUUACUGACUUUUCAAUAAUUCAAUCACUGACAUGUAAACAGUCAUUCAUAGUGGUUUGAUGUAAAUUGUGCAUUCUAAAGAAAACCUAUUGAUUUCUUUACAGUGAUCUUUAACUAGGAGUCACAAUGUCUACAACAAAAAUAGAGCCAUUUUAAUUACUAUCCAAAUUGACCAGUGAAUGUACACUUCUGAGCUGUUAUAUGUAAUGUUGAUAAUGAUAGAAAUUAUGGUAAAUCUGAAAUAAAUAAAGUUUUCCUUGGGAAUUAUUUUGCCUUAGAGCAAUCUGCCUGAA